AUGUCCAAGUUCUGCGCAUUCCAUAGGGAUCAUGGCCAUGACACAGAGGAAUGCAUCCAGUUUAAGAAAGAAAUCGAAGCCCUAAUAAGAAGGGGAUACCUGUCAAAGUUUAUAAAGAAAGAAGAUCCGCAAAGGGAACCUCUCGAGCAGAGGAGGCCCAGCGUAAAAGAGAAGGAAGAGCAGGUCGUAGGGGAGAUUGCGGUGAUCUUCGGAGGAUCCGCUAGCGGAGGAGACAGCGGGGGUGCUCGUAAAAGAUAUGCUAAAAAGGAGCUCUCGAUGGAGAAGGGGGAAAAAAGUAGUAAACGAAACAAAAAAGAUGAUGACAUAACCUUUGACAGCAGAGACAAAGAAGGGGUACAACAGCCACAUGAUAACGCACUGGUGCUCUCCCUACUGGUGGCGAAUUACAGAGUCAGACGCAUAUUGAUAGAAACUGGGAGCUCAACAAACGUCAUGUUCUGGUCGGUCCUGGUAGGAAUGAAAAUCGGUAAGGAAUGA